AUGGGCUAUCUCCACAAUCUGAUUAUCCAUUCCCUGCUGUUCAUUGAAAGGAUAUUGCUGCAAGUUCAGGGCAAACAAGGCCACUUUGCGUUGCCAGAAGCGAAAGACGAUGAUGCCAUUGCCAUUCCCACAGAACAAUCCUCACUCCUAACGGACCGCCAUGGCACUGUUUCUAUGGUGCAGCUCAAGGAUACGGAGGAUGACGUCACCAUUGACAGUAGCGGACGAGUACACGGCGGUGGGAUUGUCCAAACCCAAUGGACCAUCGAUUUGUUGGCAACUCUAUUGUUGCUCUUUUUCCCAUUUGCAGCUCCGCUCCAUACGGGGCUUGGUUUGGGGAUUCAUGAUCAGCAUCAGCAUCAUGCUCGUUCCAACAAUCACUUGCAAGUCAUGAAAUCAGAUCCCACGACUUGCCAAAUCAUAAACGUUUGUCUGGCCGCCUUUGGCCUCAUUUUAACAGUGGACCUGGCUUCCACGAUAGUUUACAGCACUGGAGCCAACAGUGUGUUGCUGCUGAUACUGGCCGAUGUGAUCAAUAACGUCACAUUUGCCGGGGCCAUUCUGCUCAUCACCUUGGCCAUGCGAGCCUUGCUGACACGUCUCUACGUCGCGGAACAAGAAAUUACGGCCUUGGCGAAGGAUCCGCAGUCGCAGCCACAGCCGCAACAAUCCAACCGGUGGCUCCAAGUCUAUCAAACUGUCCGUCACGACUUGCACAGUUUGUCGCACAGUUUUGGUGUCCAGUUACUCUUGUCCCUCUUGGUCUUUGCCAUUGACACCACCACCAUUAUAGCCGGAGUUUGGAAAGAAAAGGAACACGAAUUGACCGCGACGCAGGAGCUCUUUGUGGUCCUGGCAUUUUGCGCCAAUGCUUGA